AUGACACCCUACCAGAUAACAGCUACGGACGUCUGUUUGUUUCUUGUCGCUGUUUUUCUUAUCUACAAGAUCUCAACAAAUCGUAAGAGCAACAUUACCACCAAACUGCGAGGUCCUCCGAGUCGAAGCUGGCUUUACGGUCUCGCUGGCGUUAUCCAUGAUGCCGAGAACCCAGGCGUCUUGUUUGAACAAUGGUCAUCGGAGUACGGUUCUGUCUACAGUGUCUCCGGAUUCCUGGGACAGCAAAAACUGGUUCUUUGCGACCCGAAGGCUGUGGCACAUUUCUAUGGAAGAGAGGGUUUUGGAUACGUCAAGCCACCCAUGAUUCGCUUUUUCAUCGAAAUAAUGUUCGGAAGAAAUUUGGCUUGGGCGGAGGGGGAAUUUCAUCGAAGGCAGCGCAAAUUUCUUACACCAGCGUUCAAUAACUCAGCUAUACGUGAUCUGAGCCAUAUUUUCUAUGACUCGGCGCACAGGACGUCGUCCGCUUGGGACGCUAUUCUGGAAGCAAGCGACGGGUCCUCCACGAUCGAUGUGCAAAACUGGAUGAACCGCAUCUCGAUGGAUAGCAUUGGUAUAGCAGGUUUCUCUCACGACUUUGGCGCCAUCAACGGGAAACCUCAGGUUUUCGACGCCGUGGACUUGAGCGCCGGCGCUACCUUUUUUGCUUUCACGGUCAUGGUGGCAACUGUGUUUCCUGUAAUUCUUCGGCUGCCUUCCAAGAGGAAAGGGGGUCUAGCCGAGAUGAAGCGUGUAUUCUCUAGUAUAGCUGACCAGCUCCUGUCUAAGGCCAAGGAACAUAAGAACGAGGAGGAUAAAUCUGUAAUGGGUCUGCUGCUCAAGUCGGAGACAGAUGAUGCCAACAUUCACAUGUCUCGAGAGGAAAUCAUAGCACAGGUAUGCCUAAGCAUUUCAGGUUAUGAAACGACAAGUAUUAGUCUCACGUGGGCCCUCAUCGAACUGUGCAGGAACGUUGACAUCCAAAAUAAGCUCCGCAAAGAGGCAGUGCAAUACGGCAACUCUGAUCCGACGUGGGAGCACGUCAACUCGAGCCUUCCAUACCUCGACGCGAUCGUACAUGAAACUCUACGAAUGCACCCACCCGUGUUCGAGACUACGAGGAUGGCAACUGAAGACGAUAUCCUUCCUCUGUCUACGCCUGUGAUGACCAAGUCCGGCGAGACUGUUAACAGUCUCUUCAUUGCCAAGGGAACGGUCAUCACUACCCCCAUUGGGACGCUGAACAGAUCAGAGCAGUUCUGGGGCCCUGAUGCGAAGGAAUUCAAACCGGAGAGAUGGUUGGAGGACAGUGCACCAAGAGCGAAGGAGAUCCAGGGUCAUCGACACCUUUUGACUUUCAUAGAUGGACCUAGGACAUGUCUCGGGAAGACGUUCGCAUUGACUGAAUUUAAGGCUGUGCUCUUUGUCAUUGUACGGAACUUUGCUUUCGAAUUCCCUGGUGGAAGUGAUACUGUUAUUGGAAAGUAUAGGGGGAGUAUUUUGCCUAGACCGAAAGUCAUCGGGGAGGAAGGCUCGCAAGUUCCGUUGAGGGUGAGGCGAGUAUGA